GCGAGUCAUUUUCGAACGUUCAUGUUCGCGUCCUUUGGGCGACUGCUGCGAGUGCAGUGCGCUCACCGUGCGGCAUGGUCCUCGCGUGCUUUUCACUCUGGGUCGAGGCUUAGAGCAGUAGCUGCCCCAGCUGUUGGUUCAUACGACCCCAAAGACGGCGAGCACGUUCUCAAUUCACCUUCCGAGCUCGCGCGUCGUAUAUCCGCCAAGGUUCUCCCCAAAAUCCCCAGGCCAGAUGUUCAGAAGGUUGUCAUGGUCGGCAGUGGUGGCCUCAGCAUUGGCCAAGCAGGAGAAUUCGACUACUCUGGUUCACAAGCAUUGAAGGCCCUGAGCGAAGAGGGUGUUCAGGCUGUCUUGAUCAACCCCAAUAUUGCAACCUGGCAAACCUCACACCAACUCGCCUCUGAAGUCUAUUUCCUCCCCAUUACCGCCGACUAUGUCGCUUAUGUCUUGGAAAAAGAACGACCGGAUGGAAUCCUUCUCACGUUUGGUGGACAGAGCGCGCUCAAUGUUGGAAUAGAGCUUGACCGCAUGGGAGUACUAGAGAGACUGGGAGUCAAGGUUCUGGGUACACCCAUCCGCACAUUAGAGGUUUCAGAAGAUCGAGACCUCUUCGUCCAAGCACUCAAAGAUAACUCCACAGAAAUCGACAUUCCCGUUGCCCAAUCGACUGCUGUGUCCUCAGUCAAUGCCGCUCUCGCUGCGGCGGAGACCAUUGGCUAUCCUGUCAUUCUGCGGUCUGCCUUUACACUCGGUGGUCUCGGCUCUGGUUUCGCGAACGAUCCAGAUGAACUACGCGAUCUUUCUGCCAAGAGUCUGAGUCUAAGUCCACAAGUACUCAUCGAAAGAAGUAUGAAAGGAUGGAAAGAGUUGGAAUAUGAGGUCGUUCGCGACGCGGCAGAUGCACUUCACCGACAGAAUACUAUCAUUUGCUGCAACAUGGAAAACUUUGACCCUCUCGGCACCCAUACUGGAGACUCUAUCGUUGUUGCUCCUUCGCAGACGUUACCGGACGACGAGUACCACAUGCUACGAAGUGCUGCAAUCAAGGUUAUUCGUCAUCUUGGGGUUGUUGGAGAAUGCAACAUCCAAUACGCAUUAAAUCCUACAUCGCGAGAAUAUUGCGUAAUUGAGGUCAAUGCACGUCUCAGUCGAUCAAGUGCCCUGGCAUCGAAGGCAACAGGCUAUCCCCUUGCUUACACCGCUGCGAAAAUCGCUCUCGGUCACACGCUCCCUGAACUUCCCAAUGCAGUAACGAAAACAACGACCGCUUGUUUUGAGCCUUCGCUUGACUACAUUGUGACUAAAAUCCCCAAAUGGGACUUGGCCAAGUUCUCUUCACAAGUCAACCGAGAGGUCGGUUCAGCCAUGAAAUCAGUUGGAGAAGUUAUGGCCAUUGGUCGUACAUUUGAGGAGAGUCUGCAGAAGGCUAUUCGACAGGUUGAUCCUCGAUGGAAAGGUUUCGAGGUUUAUAUCGAGCCAGAAGAUCUCGACAAGGCGCUGUCUCGACCAACAGAUAUGCGAUUGUUUGCCAUCGCAUAUGCAAUGUACAACAAAAACUACACCGUCGACCAAGUCCACGACCUGACCAAGAUUGACAAAUGGUUCCUGUACAAGAUUGACAACAUUGUUCAAACGCAUCAUGCCUUGAAGGCUGCUGGAUCAAUCGAGAAUAUCGACUUCGAGUUAAUGCAGCGAGCUAAACGCAUGGGCUUUGCUGAUGUCCAAAUCGCUGACCUUGUCUCGACGACUGAAGACAUUGUCCGUGCAGCCCGUAAAUCUUUGGGUAUCACGCCGUUUGUGAAACGGAUCGACACUUUAGCCGCCGAAUUCCCUGCACACACGAACUAUCUGUAUACGACCUACAACGCCUCAGAGCAUGACGUUGAGUUUGACGAGCAUGGAACCAUGGUCCUCGGCAGUGGCGUAUACCGAAUUGGCAGCAGUGUCGAGUUUGACUGGUGUGCUGUUACCUGCGCCCGUCAGCUGCGCGACAUGGGCAAACGGACCAUCAUGAUCAAUUACAAUCCGGAAACUGUGUCUACGGAUUUCGAUGAAGCUGACCGGCUUUAUUUCGAGGAACUCGGAUUUGAACGAGUCAUGGACAUUUAUGAACUCGAACAAAGUCAGGGCGUGAUUGUUAGCGUCGGAGGUCAACUACCUCAAAACAUCGCCCUGAGACUGAAGACGAGCGGAGUCCAAGUUUUAGGAACGGACCCUGAACAGAUUGAUACCGCAGAGGAUCGUCACAAGUUCUCCUCCGUUCUUGACAGCAUCGGUGUGGAUCAACCUGAGUGGACCGAAGUUACCACGCUCGAUGCGGCUAAAGCUUUUGCGGCCAAAGUCCAAUAUCCGGUGCUUAUUCGACCUUCCUACGUUCUGUCCGGCGCCGCAAUGAAUGUCGUGUACGAAGAAUCUGCCCUGGAAUACAACCUUUCGGCUGCUGCUUCCGUUUCGCCUCUCCACCCUGUCGUGAUCACCAAAUUCAUCGAUGGCGCACAAGAAAUCGACGUCGAUGCUGUUGCACACAAUGGCCAACUGUUGGUCCAUGCCGUUUCUGAACACGUCGAGAACGCCGGAGUCCAUUCUGGGGACGCUACUUUGGUUCUUCCGCCCUUCUCACUCUCUCCAGGUGACCUUGCGCGCCUGAAAACGAUCGCGGAAAAGGUGGCGGCCGCAUUCAAGAUCUCGGGGCCUUUCAAUAUGCAAAUCAUCAAGACACAAGACGCGCAGCUCAAGGUCAUCGAGUGUAAUCUUCGCGCAUCGCGGUCCUUCCCGUUCGUCUCCAAGGUGCUCGGCCACAACUUUAUCGAUACGGCCACAAAAGCGAUCGUGGGCGAACACGUCCCGGGCCCCGUGGAUAUCAUGGCGGAAUCUCGGGACUACACCUCCAUCAAGGUCGCCCAAUUUUCCUGGACACGUUUGGGAGGAGCCGAUCCUUUCCUUGGUGUUGAGAUGGCAAGCACCGGCGAAGUCGCGAGCUUCGGGAAAGAUGUUUAUGAGGCCUACUGGGCCUCGCUUCUCAGCACCACCGGGUUCAAGAUCCCCAAGGCCAACUCCGGUAUCCUUAUCGGCGGCGACAUAUCUACGCCGGAGAUGCCUGGAAUCGCGAAACGCCUUGUUGAUCUCGGGUUCAAGCUUUACUGCUCCUCGCCGGAGGUUGAGGAGUUCUUGAAUGACAUUCAAUACGUCUCGGCGAAGCGGAUAUUCUUCCCCACCAAGGACAAGCGGAAGCUCCGGGAGGUGUUUGACGAGUAUGACAUUUCAUGUGUCAUCAACCUGGCGAAGACCAGGGGGAGCAGCUUCACCGAUGAAGACUACGUUGCUCGACGGAAUGCUGUCGACUUUGGCUUGCCGCUGCUCAACAAUGCGCGGACCGCGGACCUCUUUGUUGAGAGUCUUGCGCGAAAAAUACCGCAAGGGGGACUGCGGAAGUACACCGAGGGCCGCAUCCCCAGCGAAGUGCGCUCAUGGCGCGAAUUUGUGGGCCACCGUGCCUGA